CACGCCGGACAACAGUGGGACCUGAGAACACAGACUUUAACAGAGAAGGAAUAAUUGAGAUUAGAGAGAUUAAAUGGACGAAAGUUGUAUUUUCUGUUUGAUAGCGAGCGGCCAAGACAAAGAAGCGGAGGUCAUUAAACAGAGCAAGGAUCUGGUGUGUUUCCGGGAUAUUUGCCCUGCUGCCCCUCACCACUACCUGGUUAUACCCCGAAAGCACAUACAGAGCUGCUUUUCACUGAACAGGAGGCACGUCAAUUUGGUUGAACGCAUGGCACAAAUGGGCAAAGCUGUAUUACAGGAACAAGGCAUCACUGAUAUGACAGACAUAAUGCUGGGUUUCCAUCAACCUCCAUUUAUUUCUGUAAGUCAUCUCCAUCUCCAUGUGCUCGCUCCAGCAAGCCAAAUCACAGACUUUGAUUACAAAUUCAUUCCAAAUACACCCUCAUUUGUUGAGGAACAUAGCCUUCGGAGGCGAAUACAGAAUUUUGACCCUGAUCCUGGAGCGAACCAGAGUCAUCUGAAAUUACUCUUCCAGAAAAUUCUACCUUCAUAAUGAGGAUGCUGCAUUGCUGUGGUUGUUCAUGAAUCUCAAGCUUUCUGCCACGAAUGAACAGGAGAAGGAGUUUAGAGAAGGGAGUGUGUUUUGUUCAAGUUUGUUGUCUGACAGACUGUACUGUCACACCAGAAAAUGUAUUUAUAAGGAUUGUAGUGAUAUAGUUUAAGAUGACUGUUUAUGUCUGCAUGCUCUGUAUCCUAAUUGAUCAUAAUGUACUGUUUCAAAGCUGCUCUAUCUGCCUUUUUACCUGGGUUGGGGUUACCUUAAUCUACCUCUUGAUGAGUGGUAGUGGCUUAAUUGGUCUGAACUUGACCUGGGAACUGGCAGGUUACCAGUUCAAGUCCCAUGCUGGACAGCUCUGUGCAAGUGGACUAGUAGCUGGAGAGAUGCUGGUUCACCGCUAUGGCAGUGCUGAGGUACUCAUGAUAAAGGUACCGAACACCUAACACUAUUUUAUCAUGUGGUAAGAUGUAUAUCAGUGGUUCCAAACCUUUUUUGGCUUUUGACCCCAUUUUAACAUCACAAAUUUAUGUCGACGCCAGACAUUCAAAACAGAGACUUUUUUUUU